CAUCGGGUGCAUGGGGCCAAGUCUGAUGUGACUAUAAGCCAAGAGGUUAGCCUCUAAUCGAGUAUCGUAACCGCACAUGCCUUAAGGACACAUGGCCAGACCCACCUGCCCAUGAAUUUUUCUAAUUUUGUGGCAAAACAUGCAGAAACGUACGUCAAUCGAUGCCUCUUUUCUCAUUUUCAGUUUCCAAUCCUUCUCCAUCUUUGAGGGAGGGUUUCCUCUCUUUCAGUUUCUUCCUCUCAAUUCAUUUUUUAUUUAUUUAUAUUCCUCCUCUGAAAUAAUAAAGAAAAAAACACCUAAAUCAGUUUACAUUCCCGCCAAAUGAUGGAUGCAGGAAUAAUGGAAGGAGAAGGAGGAAUAGAUGGAAUAAGAAUGACAUGGAAUUCAUGGCCAACGACAAAAUUGGAUGCAAACAAAAUAGUAAUACCAAUAGCAACAUCAAUAUCACCAAUCAAAUCUCACUCAGAUAUUCAAAUAUUACCAUACAUUCCUUUACGUUGUAAAACAUGUUCAUGUAUUUUAAACCCAUUUUCUCGUGUUGAUUUCUCUGUUAAAAUAUGGAUCUGUCCAUUCUGUUUCCAUAGAAAUCAAUUCCCACCUCAUUAUUCUCCAAUGAUUUCUGAUAUUAAUCUUCCUGCUGAACUUUACCCACAUUUUACAACUGUUGAAUAUUCAUUUCCAUCUCAAAUCCCUUCUUGCCCUGUUUUCUUAUUUGUUCUUGAUUCUUGUAUUAUUAAUGAAGAAUUAGAAUUUGUUAAAUCUGCUAUUAAACAAGCUAUUACUUUACUGCCUGAUAAUGCCUUAGUUGGGUUAAUUUCAUUUGGCACACAGGUUCAAGUUCAUGAAUUAGGAUUUUCUGAUCUUUCUAAAGUUUAUGUUUUUCGUGGUAAUAAAGAGUUUUGUAAAGAAGAAGUUUUGGAUCAAUUAGGACUUAGUUCUUUUGGACAAAGAGGUAUUGUUCCACCAAAGGCCGCUGGGAACUCAAUUGAUCAUCAAUUGAACAAUAACAAUAAUAUAGUUAGUAUUAAUAGGUUUCUAUUGCCGGCUUCGGAUUGCCAAUACGCACUUGAUUCGGUAUUAGAUGAAUUACAACCUGAUCAAUGGCAGGUUGAAACUGGUCAUCGGGCAUUGCGCUGCACGGGUGUUGCUCUAAAUGUUGCAGCAGGUUUGGUAGGAGCUUGUUUGCCUGGCACUGGUGCACGUAUUAUAGCUCUAGUUGGUGGUCCUUGUACUGAAGGCCCUGGAACGAUUGUGUCUAAAGAAUUGUCCGAGCCUAUUCGUUCUCAUAAAGAUCUUGAUAAGGAUGCAGCACCACAUUUUUACAAAGCUGUCAAAUUUUAUGAAAAUCUCUCCAAGCAGCUUGUCAGCCAGGGUCAUGUGCUCGAUCUCUUUGCUUCUGCACUUGAUCAGGUCGGAGUCGCAGAGAUGAAAGUCGUCGUUGAAAAAACUGGUGGUUUAGUUGUAUUGGCUGAAAGUUUUGGUCAUCCUGUAUUCAAGGACUCCUUCAAACGCAUAUUUGAGGAUGGUGAACAAUCACUUGGGCUUUCGUUCAACGGAACCUUUGAGGUCAACUGCUCAAAGGAUAUCAAAAUUCAGGGAAUCAUUGGACCUUGCACAUCUUUGGAGAAGAAAGGAUCCUCUUGUGCAGAUACGGUCAUCGGGCAGGGGAAUACAACAGCUUGGAAGCUGUGCGGACUUGACAGAAGUACUUCGUUGACAGUUUUCUUUGAUAUUUCACCCACAAGUGAGCGGUUGAACAGUCUUGAAACUUCAAAUUCGCAGUUCUAUUUACAGUUCCAAACAAAUUAUCAGAACCCCGAGGGACAGCAAAGGCUUCGAGUCACGACUGUAGCAAGAAAAUGGGUGGAUAGCACUGCUAACCCAGAGGAAUUGUUAGAAGGAUUUGACCAGGAGACUGCUGCUGUUGUCAUGGCAAGAUUAACUUCACUGAAGAUGGAGGAGGAGGAAGGGUUUGAUGCUACAAGAUGGUUAGAUCGGUCACUCAUCCGCCUCUGUUCUAGAUUUGGUGAUUACAGGAAGGAUGAUCCAUCUUCCUUUAUAUUAAACCCUUCUAUUUCGAUAUUUCCAGAAUUUAUGUUCAAUCUACGUCGCUCACAAUUUAUACAGGUCUUUAAUAACAGCCCGGAUGAGACGGCCUAUUUCCGCAUGCUAUUAAACAGGGAGAAUGUCACUAAUGCUGUCGUCAUGAUACAGCCUUCACUAAUAGCAUAUUCUUUUAGUGCACCACCUGCUCCAGCAUUGUUGGAUGUAGCUUCAAUUGCAGCGGACCGUAUCCUCUUGCUGGAUUCAUAUUUCAGUGUAGUUAUUUUCCAUGGACUGACAAUUGCUCAGUGGCGCAACAUGGGUUAUCAAAAUGAGCCAGAGCACAAGGCCUUUACGCUACUACUAGAAGCUCCUCAUGAAGAAGCAAAAUUGAUCAUAAAGGAUAGAUUUCCUGUCCCCCGAUUGGUGGUUUGCGAUCAACAUGGCUCUCAGGCAAGAUUCUUGUUAGCGAAGUUGAACCCAUCGGCUACAUACAAUACGGUCCAGGAUGUAGCGGAUGGAUCAGAUAUAAUCUUCACGGAUGAUGUCAGCCUGCAAGUUUUCUUUGAGCACCUUCAAAGGCUAGCUGUGCAGUCGUGAAAAGAAGGUAAUGGAGUGGUCAGAUACUCGUUUCGCUUGGUUGAAUUCUCUCAAAUGGGUUAUGUUUGUCUCUUUCUUAUAUAUUUUUGACAAUUAGGGGAUUCGAAUUCAUCUGUCAGCUGGAUCCCCAGAUAACACUGACUUUGUUCAGGAAAGUGUAAGACAGUUUUUGAGUAUGUUUAGGGAAGAAAGUAGAGGACUGAGUUACAGUCUGGUUGAAGUUUAUCAUUUUAUGUUACGUUGGUGCUUGUUUUGAAGCCUAAGGUCAUCAAAGUUCAGAAUUGAUACACGCUUAUAUGUUCCCGAAUUUUUAAGUUAAAAGAAAAGAGAGAAGAUAAUUGUAUAUUCUUGGUCAUACAGUGCUGUUAACGAUGUAGCAUGUGUUGUGUA